AUGGACGUGUCUUGGAGCCCGCCUGCCUCACCCAAUGGCAAACUUGGAGCAUACAAUGUUAGCAUCGAUAUUGGGACAACUGACAGCAAAGAGGUGGAAGGCCUUAAUGCAAGCUUCGCAGAUCUGAAACCAAUGACCACUUACAAGGUUACCGUCAGAGCUCAAACCGACGCCGGCUACGGACCUGCCGCCUCAAUAACGGUUAUCACGGAUCCAGACGGUAGGAAAGAUACAAUUCCAGCAUGCUUUCUCUUUUACUUCACACUUUAUCAGAUUGGCGGACGAGAUUGUUGCAUAGAGCUUUCAUGCUGUCUGCAAAAACCAUUUUAGUCUCAUAGCCCCUGAAAUAACAGCUCAGGCAAUAUAUUAGCCUUUCCGACCAAGUUCUGAAGUUGGCAACAUACUUCUCCCCCUUUCUAUCGGCAUCGUUUUGGAGCUAGUGAAUACUUCGUCGAGAUAUUAACCAAAAUUUAAAUCUUACAUUGCAGAACAUCUACUUAGCCUGGAGGACAUUUAUGGGUUAGAAUAGGGCUAGAGUGUUGCGAUUACUUUUUCAAUUCUUUGACAUCUCAGUAAAAUAGAACUUUACCUCUGCAUUUGUAAGUAUCAACAGUGAGAUUCACGUCUAGGUAUAGAUCAACUACCGACGUAUGAAAUUGUGAUAAGCGCCAGGUACAACGAACUUUUUGUCUCUCAAAACUCAUCUAUAUUGACAAAAUGCUGCAUACACAGAAACGACCUUUUCGACUCAAAGUUACGUGCUUAAAAUAAAAAAAACUUGGUUUAUCGACUGUAAACUGGCAUUGUAUAUUUUAGUUUUUUGUAUUUAUCACGUAAAAGAGGCAAUUACGGAUCGGAAAUAUCCCUGUUUUUUUUUAAAGUAGUUCAAUUUAUGUGAGACAGCGACUUUCCGAUUUUUCCGACCCAAUUAACGUAUGUACGACUUUAAGUAAGAACGGUAUUAGGUUAGAGUAUCUGCAUGCCAGCCCACAUUGAAAAUCCAGCACAAGCACUUUACUUUGAAGUUUGCAUUGGAGGAAACGUCAGACUUCAUUUUGCAUCGCCAUUUUGGAUGCUCCUCUCCAUGUCAGAAAGAAUAUUAAAAAUCGCUUAAUUGAGCCCGGGAAAUGGCGGAUGACUUUGAACUAAUUAUUGCCUUUCCUUGUCGAAAAAAUUCCUUAGACUAGAGGUUCCCAAAGAGCCUAUUCAAAAACCCAUUCAAACUUGGAAAUCUGCUAUUAACAUUUAAAGAAGUAGGAAGAUUGAAGAGAUGUGUAUAAUGACCAAUAACAUGAAAAUUAAAUGACUAGUUUUGAUAUUGGAAGCGAGGAAUGUGCAAAUAAUAACAGCUCAUAAUCUGUGCACACUUCAUUCCUCAGGUAGGUUUGAGCUUUGUCACAAAAUAAUAUGCACUAUGUACUACGUUACUCCCCUCUCAAACAGUACAUUGGAGUCCUUUCGCGCUGAGUUCUUUGUCUAUUUGGACAUAUAGUAAAUUGCAGUUUUCGAUAAGAAUACUCUGCCGCUUACCUAACAGACCUAAAUCAUUGUUUCCUCUCUUUACGUAAACGAGCCGUAGUGAUCGCUUUAGUACAUUGUCUUUCGAAUUUCCAAUGCGAUGCUACUUUCCUUUCUUAACCGAAUGACUGUCCAACCGGAUACAUUAGCAGUCCAUGGCAAGAGCAUAAAAUGGAGGAGGUGCCACCUUACGAAGUAAAGUCUUUAUUUUCCUUGCCAGAGACCCAAAUACCCAAUGCCCCAAAGGACUUGAAUGCUACUCUCCAGAGUCCAACAUCAGCACUGAUUACGUGGAACAAACCUGAUGAGCCUUCGCCACCACUCACAGGCUACCUACUUUCAUUCAGACAACAAGACGGGAAUUGGGAGUCCGUUAGCAUUUUAGGGGACGCGGUGAAAUACUUACUCACUGGCCUGCAGCCCUCGUCAACCUACGAACUCCAGCUCCGCGCUUCAAGCAAUUUCAUCAAUGGAAAGCCGGCUAAUACAACGCUGUCCACUCUCGUGGCAGGUAGGGUGUCCGCGUAAUGCUUUUGGUUUCUGCAAUCCUUUGUCCUUCACUGCUUCCUACUCAUCACUGUUAUCACCGCAUUCAACCAUGACUUUCAUCUUCGGACCAACAAGAGUUAUCUCGAAUCCCAUCUUGCUCAGCGGCAUUUUCGAUUUCAUUCUGCUUGUCCGACAUUCUUCUCAGCCACCCUGAAACAGAGUACGAAUUCCGCAUUCCUCACUUCACAUACUCCACUACGUGGUUGCCAUCUUCAUUAAAACCUCAAUCUGUGCUACUUUCGCCCUCAAAACGUAUCAAGUUCUCUAGGGCUACAUUGAAUUUAUGCCUGCUAGAGUUUUAUCAGUUUUGGACCUAUACAUUGCUGUGUUCUCCCUAAGCAUGUGAUCAAUAUCCCAUGGCUUCAUCUGCAGUAGGAGCGCUUAGCUGUGUUCCCGUGUUUUUUUGUCGCACUAUGCGUUCUCUCGAAAAGCCCUCCUCUUAGGUGGUCGGGUCGCGAUUGCCUCUUCUGGCUCAGAAAAACAUGCUAUUAUCCAUUGUUGGUUUAAAUCAACAGAAGUGGGUAAAUCCGAAUUGUCUGGUCGCCAUCGCGCUAAUUCCUGCUGCUAAAGUUGACGGCAAUGUAGGUAGAGUACCUGGGAAGGCAUUCUUGCGUAGGUUUUGCAAACCGGACCUUUGUAAUCACAACAUGCCAAUUUCCUGAAAUAAGUUCACUGGCGGAUUUAAUGUGAUGCCACUUGGAUUGACCGCUGGACCUUCUAAGAUUUUGUUUUCACAUGGUAAUAAACUAGCAGCAGCAAUAACAGAACGAACAGCCGAACAUACUAGACUGUAAAUUUGAAAAAUUUAAAUUCACAUUCUUGGAGAAAAACGAGUCGUCGGAUCCCGGAGAGUUGUAUCAACGGUCCCGCAGCUAGGGCAUCCUUGUAAGUGAAAAUGAAUUUAUAUUCACGCGCCUACAAGUAUUUUACCCCUAGUCAUUGCAGAAGAAACAAUAAGUUAAGAUGAAUUAAAUAAAUAAUUUUUCUCUUUCUUUGGCUGAUUUUUGCUCACAAAUUCUGUUGCCAUGGACGUCGACCUGAGUGCAGUUCCAUGGAGUUGCUGCCUAAUUUAGAAAUAGGACACGACUCACAACGGCCCCCAAAUAUGUACACCGGCAGCUGCAGUAUGUGUUAAAGAUCCGGGUGUAUUGAAGGAUUAGAGGAUAUCCUCUUCUUACAAGAUCGUGAAUCGGUAUAUUCUGAGAACCGAAGAGCCGUCUGCUGAUAAGCGAUUGCCGUGGAAAGUUAAUAGCCAGUUUUAGCAUUAGAGAGACAAUACAAGAGACUAUAUCUGAUUUCCUUAGAUUUUAUACGUCUUAUAUGAGGUAGCCUGUGGAGAAUAUUGCCUGAAGCGCUAUGUGUCCUUGCAUGUGCUUGGUAAUUUAACCCUCACCUUCAGAUAUAAAAAUGCUGCGGCAGUCUCCUGUAGGCAAGAUCGAUGCAUGGUCGGUCGGUGCACAAUCAGCAAUGAGGUUCUUGACUGUUUAAAAGCCACAGAUUUUUUCAGUAGGGUACAAAACCAGUUUAAACCCGGCAUUAACUGCGGGAAAAUUUAACGGACAUCGUCCAAGUGCUCGAAAAGCGUAAUCUUUGAUGUCUGAUUUUAUUUUAUUGCAGCUCCGUCGUUGCCAUCAAAUAUUCGGGCGACCCAGAUAAGUGCGGACGAAGUGCGCAUCACCUGGGACCCUCCCAAGUCUUCACGAGCCGAGGCAGGAGAAGAGGAGAUGAUUGUGAAAUCAUUUAAGGGUGGAGUUCUGCAGGAAACGGCCAAGAAACCCAUAUCUGAAGGUGUCCAUACUGUAAACGAAAUUCAGCCAGACACUGUGAUGUCCUUCACGGUACAGGUCGUGAGUCCUGGACCUCUUGGAGGUUUUAGUGAAAUCAAGCAGCUUCCGGAUCUCAUAACAUGGCGGGCACGUAAGUUUUGGAGCCAGUAUGAUUACAUGCCCGAAAACAUUGUCUUCUAAAAAGUUGUUAGAAAGGCUUAACUGCAUAAUCAUAAAAGGUCUAUCCUGCAGACUGAUCAGAAUAGGAGAUAUAGUAAUCGAAGAGUACUGUAGUUCUGGGGAUCAAAUUCCGGACAUUCAUUAAACUUACAACAAUAACGGUGACCAAGAAUCCGUACAAACUGCCAAAUUGUUCUAUCCAUGUAACAUUUAAGGAAGGUUAACUCAAAAGCUCUACAAAAAUCUUUGUUUUUUCGUCUAUCACGAAGUCAUAUACAGUAUUCUUAGAUGUAAUGGUUUAUAGUUAAGUGAUGAAAAACGUGCAUUGUGUCAUUUAAGGUAGCGUAAUCCACUUUUGGAACACUGAUAGUAAUUCUUUAAACUCCGUCUAUAUGCAAGAUAUUUGCAAAUUCGCAAUGCUUAGUAAAAAAUUGUAAUAUAUUAAAUAUAAUGUUUUUAUCAGCUUCAGUACCUCAUGCGUAGACGCCUCGCUCUAACUGCAUCGAUCGAUAAAAAUACUGUCCAAUGGUGUGAGCUUGAGGAAGCAUGUCACUCAGGAUAUCUGAUUGCUCCUCUGUUGGAGCCUGGUCUAGAGUAAUUUGCCCGGCAUGACUCAGAUGCCCACUCUCAGAACAGUUUUAUUAAUUCUAGCGAUCGCAGGUGCCUAGCUGAUUUCUCUCUUGAAAAGCCUCCUCAGUGAGAAUGAACUAACGUAAAACGUUUAAAUUUCAGCAAUGGCGGCACCAAAGGCUCUCACAUUGACAGCAACGGGAGAAAACAGUUUCUACGCCUCUUGGACUGAAAAUGAAGAAAAAGCCCUCCUCCUGAAGUAUGAAAUAAGAGUUACAGCGGCUGAUACGAAAAAGACGGAGAUCCACUACACGGAUAGCACAUUUAUCUCAAUUAAUAACCUUGACACAUUCACGGAAUAUAUAGUGCAGGUCGCGGCAGUUGGCAAACCGAACCAAAAUGGAGAAGGGUCUGUGGCUGGCCCAAAUUCCACGGCCACAGUUAGGACGUGGUCAGGGCGUACGUCUAUCAUGAAUGACAUUCUAUUUAAAGGCUUGUUAUAUACAUUACCAUUAUCGUCACCAAAUAAUACUCCUGUAUUACAUUGUUGGGUUUAAAACGUGUUUGUUGUGGCCAAUAGUUCUGUUUUUAUAUGCCAUGACUUUGUGUUACGUGUGUUCGAGUGUUUGAUAUGUUUUGAUAUGCAGAUGUAGGUAUAAAUUUAGGAGGCAAAAUGUGAACAACAUGUGUAAUGCUACAUUGCAUAAUACUUGUGCGCGUAACUUUCCCUGCUCUCGAUUUGUUUAUUACAACGAAAUUUUUUAUUCUUCUAUGCCAUAAAUAGACGUUACGCGCCUACUGAGUUCCUUAUUGGCAAGGCGAUGAGGUGGUUGGUAGAAAAUCAUGUCUUCUGCAUAUAUUAUACUCAAAGAAAGUGUAUUUUUGGUGUUAAGUAUACUAUUGAGUAUACUAUUACUUACAAUUUGGUAGUCAUCUCUUUGGUGAGAGCGGUUUUUACGCGAGGACGAAAAAAAGGUACAUUCAGAAGCCAACAACCUGACGAGUCCGAAAUAUUAUGAGAUGGGGCCGCGUGAUAAUUAGUACUGCAACUCCACCUAUGCAAUCUUUCCUAAUUGAAUGCGUAUUUCUGAGUUUCGGCUAACAUUUCAUAAGAUCGGUCACUCACUGUAUUUAAUUAUGGUAUUACUUGCGGAUAUUCACCUAUUUGAACGACAAAAUAUGAAAAUCACUUGCAUCUGACAUAUUCCUCCAGAUAUUCCCUCUACUAAAUUUCUGCCUGCAAAUAUAUACCAAAGGCUCCCAACCACACCAUCGUCUAGUUAAUUAAGAACUCAGUAUGCCAAAUAGAAGUUGCACAUGUUGUUGCCAUUGUGUGCUAACGUCUGGACGGCAAAAAAUCGAGAAUGUAGUCUGACCUGUCUUGUCAGCUGUACAAAGCUCUGUCAAACCACAACAUUCAAUAAUUGGAACAACUUAAAUCAAAUUUCACUUUGUGUUGCACGCUAACAAGAUCGUUUUUAUGCCUCAUUAUAGGCGGAGGAAUUCCAGCAGAACUGAAUGGCAGUGCAACAAACACGAGCAUUUCACUCUCCUGGGAGAAGCCUAAAGGACGUCCGACGGGCAUAGUAAAGCACUACGAGGUAAAGGUCAAGGACAAGACCGGCAACGGACCCGACGAAGUUGUCCACGCCGACACGUACACAUUCACCGCUCAGAACCUGAAGCCUCUCACAAUGUACACAGUCGAGGUACGCACAAUGAAUGAACCUGCUGAAGGCACUGAAAACGGCGGCGGUUUGGGCGAUCCAGCAAUCCUAGACGUCGAAACCUGGCCGGGCGGUAAGCAUUCUCUUCCCUCAGCACUGUUAAUAUACUCACUGGAGUCGUCAGCAGUUAGGUUCGUUGGGGACUACGAAGUUUCCCUAUCAUCUGUUAUAAGAGACGCGGCUUUGUUGGGAACAAGAAGCAUUACAGCUAGCGCUCAACGCAUCCGCGUAUGCUUUCCAACAUUCAGCAUUCCUUGGUUUUAUCAUGCUCACUCUUGUUCCAUUCUGAGGAAUUGACGGCUAGAACGCAGGAUCCGUCGGGAGGAUCCGCGUCUCUGAAGCUAGUGCAUUAGGAGAUAGGUCAGUGUACAGGUCACUGCACUUGUGCCUGCCUUUCACACAUGUUGCUGUGAGGAAUAGCCCCAUCACGACUUUUACGACGUCAGUACGCCUACAUGGCCAUUGCGAUUGCGGGCUUGCAGCAAUAAGCUUCCACAUAUGCAUACUCUUCGGUUAGUAGGAAAUUUGUCGCAGAAACAGAAUCCCCUCGCACUAAUUGCAAAAGUGGACUUUCAUUCCACUAGUUACCUUUACAUCUGAGAAAUAAUUCCAUGAACACAUUUUCGGCGCUAUGACUUAUUGCACUGACCAUCACGCGUACCCGAUAAAAUAUUCGGUCAUCAGGCUUGCAGUCAUGACCCCCUAGAACGAUGUUUAAUCUAAAUUCGUGAGUAGCACUGAGUUUUUGCAUUCUGAGAAUAAUCACUGGAACAGAACAAUCUCGCGCUGACUUUGGAAAUUUAGUUUUCGUUGGAAUAAACGCACCUGUAGCGUAGAAUAGGAAGGCAUAAUGCUCUCUCCUCACCUGAUGCAAGCUGAAACAUUGCAGCCCAAGAAACCAUGCUGUUAUUGAAUUCAGAAGAAUAUUUGGCUAGCACAAAUUUGCUUUCGAUAAAUUCUCGUCAGGCCGGUACAUUUAUAUUGAGACGGUGUCAAGUAAAACAUGUCAGUGCUUAGUGAAAUCGAUUAAAGCUCAUCUUUUCACACAAGUGGAUGUGAGAUUAAUGGGAGAGGGUGGUAAGAGGCAGUGGAUGUCAGGAAGAGCCGUGUCAGGGUGCAGGGGAGGGUGGGAAGGCACAGGGGAUCGUAUCUAGUUAAUAAACCCUUGGCCACGGUAAAUGCGGUGCUUGCAUAGGGUUCUUCUGUGCACAAAAGUCCGGCUUGUGCAAUCCGAUGGCAGCCACUGCAGCUGCAGCUGCUGCUGCUGCUGCUGCUAACAGUGACUUGAGGUAGUUCAGUAUGAAAUUAUUAUUACAGGAAAAGUUCCGCUGGGCUCCACACGACGCUCGGAGUCAACAAUGUGCGCGGAAAUGGGGCCUCUUCUUAGCCAUGCCGAGACCACUUCCCGUAUUCUUUUGGGCAGGCGCCGACUCGUGCAACCAGUAUAACUUACUCUUGGGAACAAAUUAACGACUGAGUGCACAUUGAGGUGGUCUGAGAUGGCAACUUCGCCUUCCCUUCAGCGUGUAAGAUGGGGUUGGUCGAGAAUAAUGCCUGAAUUUUCGUUGCUGGGAUGAUUCGUGAGGCGGUUUUGUCAAAGUUUCUUCUUGGGAUUCCACUCCGCACGUUACCUUGAAAGGGGACUAUGAGGGACAGAGCUUACUUUUCUGUCACAAGUGUGGUGUAUUUUGCUAAUAUGUUGAUAGUAUUCGUCACAAUACAUCCGUCAGGAAACCUGUUCUGACGAAACGGGUCUUGGAUCUUUCUAAGCCCCUUCCUCAUGUUGUCCGCCGAUAAAAUUUCGGUAACAUGUGGUUAUGCACCCCCACCUGAUGGACACAAUGCUGUUGGAGUUGGGGUUAGGGUUAGGGGUUGGGUUAGGGGUUGUGGUUAGGGUUAGGGGAUAGGGCAAGGAGUGAGUGCUAGUUGCUAUGGCAACUAUGUCUUGACCACCCAAAGUACAACCACGCGUUCCCAAUAGCUUUACAUUUGCAUACAACUACUUUACCUCGUUGCCUGUGCAUUCCCCGGCCCCACCAUUAAAAACCUAUUACCGCCGGUUCCUUAUUACAGGUGGCUAAGGUUUGUUUACUUCAUAACCACAUCUGAUUCAGAUUUCUCUAGCCUUUUGUAACAAAUAGAAAACUAGAUUGCAUUUUUGUUGAAGGGACACAAAACUGCUGAAGUUCACAUACUGAUUGGACUAUGUUUUCUCCUUUGGACUCUAUUAUCGGGUUACUUUAUGUCGUAGCAUUUGCGUUGACGGUUAGCAGUUUUCGAUCAUCCUCUUGCAUAUUUUGGUAUUGUAUUGCAGUGCGAAAAAAUUGGAGCAAAAUUAGGGCAGGGAAGCCACAUUAAUUGGAUUAUAUGCAAUGCCCAAUUUUCUCACAUUUAUUCCCCACUUCAGGCUCCUUCGAACCAACUAACGCAAAAGUGGAACUUCUGCCACCUUCGGCGAUAAAGGUGAGCUGGUCGCCACCGCAAGACCUAAUUGGCUCCGUUGAGGAGUACCGUGUUCUGCUCAAGAAAGGUGAUGCCCUCGUUCGCUCUGAGUCGGCACCAGGAACCACAAUGAGUCUCGUCUUGACAGAGUUGGAGACCGGCGUAAAGUACAAAGUCUACAUUCAGGCCAAGAUUGCCCCCAACAGCCAGGGGAAGGGCGGUCGCCUGGGUCCAGAAGUUUUCAUCACUGAAACCUCCUUGACUGAAUCAGGUAUGGUGUCCUUUGUAUGUUGGUAUUCGGGGUUUCACGAUGGGCAAAAGCAGAAUACGCUCAUUGGGUGGGAAUACUCGAAAAACUUAGGCCGAAAAUGUUUUGCAGACAUCAGCAAUGAAAAACGUAAAUUUGAUGAGCUGGCCCAAGCCAAUGCAUACACGAUAACAUGUAGACGGCUAAAGCACAUGCUUGCAGUCACCGAUUGGGGUUUCACAUGGGAAAGCGUUGCAUCCUGAUAAGUGUCCUUUUUUCUGUAAAUAUGUUAGCGGUGCCGGAAAGUAAUGCCUAUUUUGGAAGCAAUCGGGAGAUGGCACCCAAAAAAUCCGUUACCUUGAAAUAAUACCUUUAACAAUGGACUCAAACGCCUUCAGGCUAAAUCAGCCGUUGCAGGCCUACUUUCACGCACUGCUUGGACUUUCCGCGAUGGCCUAACAUGGGCUGGUGGAAAGAAAAUCGCAGGAGGUUACAUGGGCGAUGGUCGUUGUUGCCCAACCUUCCCCAUCUUUACACACAUACCCCUGAAUAUACGGCAUACAGUCGCAUUAUGGCAGUUUAUUGCAAAACAAAAACACUUCUCAAUAGGAUAAGUCUGCGCAACAUGCGACAGGAAAAGUUUCCAGGCAUCUGCCUAGGACAUGACAUUGAGGCCAAACCAAAGUCGAUACUGUACUUCGUCUAUGUGAGCGAACACAGUUCGAUUACAUACAGGACCUCCCUCGUUGAGUUUCCUUUUCAGUCUACUGCAGUAUGCCUCAAUGGCAUUUGUGUGCCGUCCGGUGGUAGGGUCCUUGAAGUUCUUUGAGUGGUUAACAGAGAAAUGUAGAUAACCUUCUGAGGGAAGAAGAUUAUACGUCUUCCACUCGUCCGUUACCACUAUACUGCCUUUGGCGACCCAUUUUGUAAUAACGGGACGGAGAGCGGGCCAACUUCGAUUAUUCACCUGUUCAAAUAAGGUUUUCUGUCGGCUAGUAUCGUACAUCUCGACCAGCCACCACCCACAAAACCCCUUUUACCCCCUGUCCCGUAAGACAGACUGCUUUGGCUAGGCGGAUUUUUUUGGAUGCCAUCUCCCGAUUGUUACUUUUAUUUUAACAAAUAACAACAAAGGCGUCAGCGGGAAACGUUUAGCUUUUUCACCUGUUAUGCAGACACGGUCGGUAUCAAUCAUUGUUCCUAAAAACUAAGUUUCGCCUCGCCCUCUUUAUAUAUAUGUGGUUUUGCAGUGAUGCAGAGAGUUCAAAGAACCUGGUUUUGGCGUCAUUAAUAUUUCAAAUGAUUGUUCCGCCAACGUAUUGCUCCAGACAUCUCAACAAAUGAUGACUAGUUGGCCCACAAUCAGGUGAAUAGGCUUGAUAGGACGAGAAUUUCCAGCCCGAACCUCGAAUCCAUUUGCGGGUUUCCUGCGCUAUAAUGCAACAGAAUGACAUCUUUCUCUGUUUAUUCGCGUUGGGUGUGUAACGGCAAGUGUUUGCUCCAAACAUUCUUAUUAUUGACAUUAGAGGUCUUCGGUUACGGUUCGACUUUGUUGCAGUAGCUGAAAGAAACGUAUGCCUACCAUACUCCAACAAACUCAUUGCAAGACUUCCCUGCAGUGUGGGCUUGAUUUCGGCGUAGGAACUGGUGUUUGCACUCAUUAUCAGCAUAGUGAAUUAAGUUUUCGUCUUGGGGGAAAAUUUACUGAAGAGAUGGUCCCCUCUCUGAUCUGCGUGACGAAACGUUGCGGAUUGUGUCACCUAUAAACAGAAUAUUUGAAGGAAGAAGAGAAACGGAUUUUAAAGAGAUUGUAAUAAGUCCUAUGUGCUGUAGAUGCCCCCAGCGUUGUUCAUUGUUGUGAAGACUUUCUAAUUACUUAAGGAUUUUUUAAAUAAAUUCGCACGGCUAUACUUCUUCUCACAGUGCUUAUUAGAGAAUAUUGCAGUAAAAAUGGAGUCCAUCGUGUCUUAUGUAAUGGGAAAUGCACGUUCUCAGCGGUUGAAUAGGUUUGGGCUGUUUACAGGAGGGAAACAAUAGGGAAAUAUGGGGGAACGACAUUCCUAAAAAGUAGAAUGAAAAGAGAACUUUGCUUGAAUUGUUCAUAUAAAUUUUGACAAAGACAACACAGCCAUGGAAAGUCAACUAGAAAUAUGCACCUUAUGUAAGCAAUGGUGUCUUUGUCCAUUGGCGUGUUUAUAAGAGGUUGCAGACGGCCGGCCAGGAUUACUUUACCUGCUAAUUUCUUCUGAGACCCUUCCUGAACAGCCGUUUAUACUUUGAAAAUGAAUCGAUGAAAUUCCGCCAAUGUUUCUAGAGAAUUACUGCCCAUCCGUGAAUUUCUGCUUUCACGUUCAACGACCACGUUACGCGUUCGUACCAAGAGGUUUUAGGACUCCGGCAUUAACACCGCCGUGAUUGAAGACUAACUACGUCCACUAACUUAGAGACCUAUGUUUACUUUGUUGGAGAUCUACACAACGUAAGUACAACUCUGAGGGACCCAUUUGCCAAUCAGUUAUUAUAGUUUAAAAUGUAAAAAACAAAUGUAUCGACUGAUUUUAAAAUGAAUAAAACGGGGAUUGUUAAUUUAAAGUCACCAUUUCUAGGUUAGGAACGCCAGACAGCCAGCUAAUAAAGAUGAAACUCCUAAAAUGACAGUUUGAACUCACGUGUAGACCUCUGCGUUGCGUGGUAGUAUUCUAAAUCUACAAACUGUGUCAUUCGUUAACUGCAAUUGGCGUCAAUCAUCCACGUUGUGAAGGAUGUCAGGAAGUGUGACCCAUAAAUUAUGUAUGAAUAUGCCAUGCCCUGUUAUCCCUAUCAUUAGAGACUGUUUGCUUUCUAACCUGAGAAAUGCUUCAUUAGAUCAGUCAGCAUAAAACAAUUUGUUUGUCAGCCUUCUUAAAUCAGCUUCACGACAAAGGACUCCUUAGGCCUGAGGAUCACUGCUCAUGAACUGGACUGUAACGUUUCAUGCAACAUCAACGUAGAGGAAUUACAGUUCUACGAUGUUGAAAAUUUUGCUAGAUAGAACAAUGGAGAUCUUCAGGAUAUUCCGGAUUUCGAGGAGUCUGACAUUAAGACUAUGUCUUGUUAUAGAAAGGCAGCCCUUAAUGUUCCUACUACGUACUUAUCUAAUAUUUUAACUGUUAUAGAGAUUAUAGCCCAAAUCUAGAGACUUUUGUAGACGACAGGAAAGACCUACCAGGGUGGUCGAAAUGCCAGUGCUUGUCUGCAAAAUCAAAAUGCUGUCCUCUAGACUUUACAUUUGAUAUGAGUAAUACUCAUUACAGUACAAGCUUGUGUUUGUCUUUAUCAGGUGGUGAUGAUUAGUCAGAGUAAAACAAUUUGUUUAUCAGUGUUAAUGUGAUUGCUUUGGAACGCACACAUACAUUUUGAUGCUUCCUUUAAACCGCAAAUAAAAUAGUUGACCCGGCAGUUCAAAAAGCAUUCAAAAGCGUAACGUUGUUUGCACAUCACAACAGCCUUCUGACAUCAGCUUCACAGUAAAGGACGUCUUAAGCCUGAGGAUCAGUGCUCAUGAACCGGACUGUAACGUUUCAUGAAACAGCGUAGAGGAAUUACAGUUCUACGAUGUUUAAAAUUUUGCUACGUUUUGGCAGGUGGAACAAUGGAGACAUUCCGAAUAUUCCGGCCUUUGUUUUCGUCGCCAUCGAGGAGUCUGACAUAAAGACUCUGUCUUGUCAUGGAAAGACAGCACUUAAUGUUCCUACCACGUGCUUAUCCCAUAUUUUAACUGCUUUUGAGCUCAUAGCCCAAAUCUAGAGACUUUUAUAGACUUUACAUUUGAUAUGAGUAAUACUCAUUGCAGUUCAAGCUUGUGUUUGUCUUCGGCAGGUGGCGGAGAUGACGUCCAGCUCACAGGUGGCCUUAGCGGAGGCGCCAUUGCUGGCAUCGUGAUUGGUGUCCUUCUCGCGUUCAUUCUCCUGCUUCUCCUCGUCCUUGUUCUAAUGAGAAGACGCAACCAGAACGUUAUGAUCGAUGACUUCCAGUGGUCAGAAGGAACAGGCGCAAGCUUCUUCGUUGACGACAUAGAGAUGAGCACAUUUGGAAGGUAAGCGCCUCGACAGACUCUUUCUGUGAUUUGUAAUUUCUUCACACUUUUAAGAAAGAUGCGACCUCCCAUCAGUGCAAAGCGAUGGCGCCCCAGAAUGCGGGUUUUCCCACAUUCGUAGUCGAAAACGCAUGGUUGGCCUGCGGCGGAAUACCUUUUUAAUUUAUUCCGAUAGACAUUUUAGUUAUUUUAUGUGACGGAAAAUGUCAAUUUUGCACUCGGUAAUAUGCCGCUUAUUCAGCUGGAAACCUCCGCAAACAAUGCGUUACGCAUGAGUACUAUCAUCAGUGAAAAAGUCGUUUCUGAUUUAGUCUCGUAAGAAAUGACCACGUUAAUGCGCUCGGGCGCCAAAUAAGUUCACCGAGGUCAUCUUCUGAAGUGGAACUAUCUAACGCGACGCUCUUUGAGGUUAUUUUAGUAUUACAUGCAAAACGGUACUGGGGAAUUCACAGUGAAUUUUCGCAUGUAAAGAGGAUUUCUAAGUGAAGUCAGAAAGGUUUACUACUAAAACUUGAUUCUUACAACCAAAAAUUAAAUUCAGAUUAUUAACUACGUUCUUCGCGUGAUAACGUUAUCCGGUGUAUCACUCCGGGCGAAUUAUGAAGCGUUAAUUUUAAAACACUAAAUUUAGGGUAACGCAUUUGCUAAAACCAUGAUAAAGUCAUCACGCGAUCAGAGACUUUAAACGUAGCAUUAACUUCACCCUACAUUACUUUCUUAUUUUUCCUCAAGUUAUAUAAUCAGAGGGUAGGAACUGGAUCAAGGGGCUUUGGUUUGUUGAAGUGCUGUAGCAUGUGUGACUGGAAUAAAUUACCAUAAAUGAGGAAGUUUGAAAUAAUGAAAUGAUCAAGAAGUAAAAUCAUACUCGGUUUUUAUUGUCAUUUUGAACUCCACGUUCCUCUUAAAACGAAGAGCAAAACAGGGGGAGUAUAUCGGCUUGUUUUCACCCACAAAAAGACUUUAAACUAGGUUCUUGAGAGUUUGGGCGAUCAGAGAUUACGGUUCCUUACAAGAUCAUAUUUAAUGCUAUUGAUGACAUUGUCUACGGGUUUCUACCUUGAUCAGUGUUUUCCGCAUUUUGCGAAAAACUUCAAGAUUAGAUUGAAGACCAUUUCAGCGGUGACGAACACUAAAUAUAGGUCGUGAUGAAGGUGAUGUAAAUUCUGGUAUGAUAUGUUGUCGACUAGUAGAAUUCCAUACAGAUCCCACAGUUAACAUGGGACAAAGCCACCAUGCUGACCACCUGCGUCUAAUUAUCCGUCCCAAUGCCCGUUAUCCCCUUCUGCCCCCUAACACUGACGGUAAUUUUGUUUUUCACCUCACAUACCCAGCCCCUCCCCCCAAACCCAAGCCACAGGAAAACUUCUGCCUGCCCCCAUUUUCUUCUUAAGCACUUCGAUAGCAAUAUAAAUGUAUAGGCCUGAUGAGAAUUUAUGGGAAGCUUACGUAUGUUCGCAAAAUUGUCUUUUGAAGAUCAGUAUAUUUUUAAAGUUAUUUGUUCUAAAUGAUUAUUACAUGUUAUAUUGCAUUUAAGAGCGUGUACAAAAAUUAUGCAUUGAUGAUUGCGGUAAACGUUAAAGUCAGGCGUUCAGAAAAAAAUAUUGUCUUUAUCCAUACGUAGGUUGUUGCACAUUUAACCCUCUUUGGGAUUAACAGACUAUUCAUCUCCUAUUUAUGCUGACUGCCCCUAAACAAACUCAAUUGCACUGUCAUUUUAGCGAUCUGGGGUCGAUGUUGUAAGACGACCUGAAGAGAUCCGGGCGUUCGAAAAUUCCAGCAAAUGGCCAACUGGUUCAUCAAUGAAAUUCAUACUUGCUUACAACUGCAAAACCUGAAAAUAAUUCUUAUGUUCUAUUCAGAGCUUAAAAUACCCAACUUGGUUUUGGAAAAUAAAAUUUACUGAGACAUGCCAUUUCUAUAAAUUGGAUUGGGAAUAUUUAUUCUUGCAUCCAUAAACGUUAACCCUUACGAAACACAUAAGGCGCGUAAUAUGGGAACAGAUGCAGUGACUCAUAGGACAUAAAAUAUUAGAUAAUACGGGCAAGCAUUUGAAAACGAUUUAAAAUGAGAAUACGUCUUUUCUAUAAUCGCAUGCGAAUUGGUGAUAAAUAAGAACAGUAAGCGUAGUUAGUUUUAAAAGGACUAGGCUGAUCUCUGAAGUAAAGUUUACAUAACUUCGGAAAUACACAACGUAGAAGUCUUCGUGGUACGUCCAAAAACGUCGAAAUGCUUAUUUUUUGACCAUGUAGUUCAGAACAGAAACCUAGCGAAAUAUUUUAACACUUUAAAAGCUCCUUCAUUUGCUUCGGAUUUUAGCGAUCGAAUCCAAAUUUAUCUAACGCACUUAGAGUAAACAUUUUAUAAUAGUACACAGUUUAACCAGGGACAGAUUACCAACAAACAUUAGGGAGACUAGUAUGGUCGUUUCUGGCCUACAAGUCAUCGUCCGUCAGUCUUACCCAACUCCGGGUUCGGUGCAGUCCGAGGCUCAAACUUGCCUUCUUCUGACUGGUAGGCAGUAGCACAUCCAACACUCCAAUCGUUUGUUUACAGACCUCUUUUUCUGUCGGUUGGGAUCGGAAAUAUUAACGUUCACUGAUCGGAUGACGGGACCCGCUCGUCCUGUUGCGCUUUGAGGCUGGAUCUCGAUUCCCAUAGCAUUCGUAAAACGAUAGGUAAUAUAUGCAGAAGAACACUACCGAUAUGAAAAAGGGAAACUGGGACCGUUUAGUGGUCAGAACUGACAUCUAGUGAGUCAUAAAUGUUCAUCGAAGACCCCUCUGUUUAUUCGUCUGAACUGAAAGCCCACUCAGUUACUGAUUAAAAUUCAACGAGAGCCGAAAGAAGAAAGAUUCCGUCUCCUCGAGACACUUGUCUUCCUGAGACACUUGCAGACGCUGCGGUGUCGGACGUGCCAUCAUCCGGCUGUUAAAUCCUACCAACCUCUUCCCUAAUAGUUCUGCACAGAAUACAGCCUCCUCCCAACUGGAGUUCCACUUAUCCUCUUCCUGUUAG